AUGACCAUGGCCUUGGAUCCUUCACAACAGCAGCGGUUUGGUCCCGGACUCAGCUUCGACUACCAGGCGCACGCCCAACCGCCAUCCUUCUCCAACCCGUGGUCGUCGUCGACGUCUGCGUCGUCCCAGUCCAUUCCGGCUGCUGCCGCUGCUGCCGGCCCCGGCAGCGCGCUCUUCAACGUCCACGGAGGACAGCCCAGCAUGCCACCGACCAUGAUGCCAGGCGGCAAGCCGCUUCCCGGCCGCGCCAGCACCGGCAGUGCCUCGUCCAUUGCCUCGUACGGCUCAAUGCCGCUCGGCUCGUCCGCCAGCAGCCACCACCACCACCACCACCACCACCACAACCCGUCGUCGGCCGGCCUCAGCAUGCAGCACGACCUCCUGAACCCCAGCCCGGACCUGCUCAGCAUGAACCGCAUGCAGCAGACCUCGGCCGCCGGUUUCGAGCCCGCCUAUGCCACCUCGGCCUCGCCCGUCAACGGUCACUUUGCGCCGCCGGCCUCGGGCCCGUACGAGGCUAUGGGCUACACAUCCGCUCCCGCCCGCCCGCCGCCCUUCCCCAUGAGCCAUGACGAUCCUCGCAGAUUCUCACAAGCGUCAGUACAACCCGUACUCAUCACGGCCGAUGAUGACCUAACCUACCCGAGUCGCGAAUGUGCCAUCCCUCCUCCUCAUCCUACCGAGGACCGCCGCGCCUUCGCCGACGCCCUCGACGCCAGCCACGGCAUGCUGGCCAUGAGCCAAGACACGCCACGAAACAUCUACGGCGGCCGCAGCGACCGCUCGUCAAUCGACUCGUACGGGUUCCCGUCGACUCACUCGACGAGCUCGUCCAUCUCCUCUACCGGUAACAUUAGCUCCUACUAUGGCGACUCGGUGUCCGAUUACUCAACUGCUGGAUCAGACAUUGAAUCGAGGACGCUGCCCCGGCCGCAGGGUCUCCUGGGCGCCGCCGCGCCACUGCCUCCCGCGCCGCAGUCGAUGAUGGGCCAGUUCAGCUCAAAGGUCGCGUCAGGCACGCAGAAGAAGCACAAGUGCAAGGUCUGCGACAAGCGCUUCACCCGCCCGAGCUCGCUGCAGACGCACAUGUACAGCCACACUGGAGAGAAGCCUUUUGCCUGCGACGUCGAGGGGUGUGGCCGCCACUUCUCCGUCGUUUCCAACCUCCGCCGCCACCGCAAGGUUCAUCGUGGUGAUGCCCGCUCAGAAGCAGGCUCCGAAGAUCACCACUCGGACUGA